AUGAACCCCCCAAACCUCCUCCCCCACAACCACCAUCAUCAUCAUCAUCACCAUCACCACCACCACCAACCCCCCACCCUAACAACCCACCUAACCCACCUCCUCUUCCUCCCCCUGCACGACCGCAUCACCUCCCUCUACCACCUAUCCCGAUCCCUCACUCCCCAAAUAACCCCCACGGGGACACGCCUCAUCACCCAUCCAUCCUUCACCGGCCCCGCACCCCUCGACCAUCUCGGCACAAUCUACAUCACGACAGGUCGCGACUGCGUGGCCAACAACGCCGACCUGAGCACACGCAUCCUGCACGCCGACGUCGGCGCGCUUCUCGAAUCCAUCUACGAAAAGAGCAGGGAGAUGCUGGAUGCCGGGAUCCAGGACGGGAGCGUCGUCUUGUCCGAGGAGAAUAAGCUCCGGGAUGGUGCGGGGGCGUGUUGUCGUGGUGAACCGGAGGUGAUGUUUCGGGAGGGGUGGGCGGUGGAAGAGGCGUUGUGGUUUUAUAGGGUGGAUUUUGAGAGUAGGUGGGAUGUUGCGGAUCGGGAUGGGGAGAGGGUGUUGUUUAGGGCGAGUGUGGAGAUGUUGGAGAGGGCGGCGGAGUGGGAGGGGGAGGGGAUGUAG